AUGAAAAGAGAGAACAAGGUGGAAGAGGGGAAUUCUUUAGCUGAGUUCGUUGCUGCUUGUGGAUGGCAGCAGGAGGAACAACAACAAUGGUGGUCUUUUGAUGGUCAGACGGAUGUUACGAUUACGGAAUUACUUGUUGGCCAACAACAACAACUUUCAGAGAAUUGUCGGGAAUGUUCAACACAACGACAUUUAUCAUCAUCCAUUGUAUCGGAUCCGGACUCUAUUUCAACAAUACGAACAACAAUGAGUUUUGAAAAUUGUAAUUAUUUGAAAUGUAAAUCAUCAUCACUGAAACCACCCUUCACUCCUCUUUUUCAAAAAUCAAAAAAGCUUUACUCGUCCCUUCUCAUAUAUUUAUUAUUAGUAUUAAUAGGUUUACUCAUCACAAAACUAUUAGAUCGUCAUCAUCACACCACUAUCAUUUUAACUGUUGAGGCUACAACUGGACAGUUUCAUAUGGAGUACUCAAAGCGUAUCCAAGAGGAAUUACUUUCCGAGUUGAAUCCCAGUAAUAUGUACAGUGAAACAGAUGAUUCAAAUUCUCUGAAAUUAUCAUAUGCUGGAUCUUUUAGAUAUGCUCUCAGAAAUGAUCAACCAAUUUUGAUAGAAGUUAAUGAGCUGAAUAGUGAAGAGCUGAUUUUUGUUGCAUUUAUUUCAAGGUCGAAUCAUUUGAAAGUUUCUUGUGCAGCGAUUCUAGAUGCGGCAAAAUCAGACAGCUUAUUAUACACCAUCACGGUUGGCACUUAUAACAUUUUGAAAGGUAAAAUAACAUGGCAUUCAAAAGAAAGAAUUGUUAACGAAUUGCUUGGAGAUCCAAGUUUUGUUCAGGUUGGCAACAAAAUAUUUGUUACGUAUCCUCAAGAUUCAAGUGGUUUACGAUAUGUCAUGUUCUCUUCCAUAACAAUUGGAGAUAGCGUGUUCUAUACGAACACAAGUUACAGCCUUUCUUUCACUCAAAUCUAUCGAAAUAUUAUCAAACAUGCUGGAGGAAAUAAUUUCCUACUUUUCAGAGAUAGUUCUUCAUUUGAUAUCUCACGCCAAGUGAGUAAUAAUUAUGUCAACAGUAGAAAAAAGAUGGCACCACUGGCCACAGUAUUCAAUUUUGAUAGCGACUCCGGUAGAAAAGGUUCACCUUUCAUCACCAAACACUUAUUUGAUGUAAUAAUAGAGUGUGAAUUUUUCGAGCAAUGCCCAACCAUUGACAAUGUAUUCUACGAUGACGGAAUAUUAUUUUUCAAUGUAUUCGGAGGGAAAUCAAAAAUCUACCUCUCUAGUGGAACUCAAGCACCUACUGAUUUUCAAACGCUGGAAAAUUCAAACUUUGGCUCAUUUUACAUGUUUGAACUAAAUGUUGAAAGCAGAAAACUUACUCUCAUUGACUCUAUUUACACAACACCUUUUUCAUAUAUUCCUAUCAAUACAACUUCCUUCAAUGAAACGUCCUUAUCAUAUGCACCUAUGUUAGGCAUUAAGACUAUUUCCAAAACACCGACCAUGAUUUAUGGAUUUGGAUAUUAUGGAGGUGUUUUGAAUCACAACUCGCAAGUGAUAUUUUCCCAGAAAGAUCAGUCAUCAACAGGAAUUUUUAUCGUUUACAACUUACAGAAAAAACAAUUUGAUUAUUUGGGCAGCACCUCACAAUAUCCUUAUGUGUUUAGAAAUCCAACAAUAAUAUCGAAUAGCGGAAUUUUUUAUUAUCUCAAUAGAAUCGCUUCAACGGUUACAUUAUUGGACAUGAAUUCCAUGAAUGCUCAGACAUUUGUACUCAGAAAUACUUUCAUAUCCAAGAGAAUUUAUAUUGAGCUUAGAUUAACACCAUCCAGUAAUCAGCUGAUGCUUUUAUCUUCCUUUAAAAACCGUGAUAAUACUACAAUCAUGGAUGGCCAAACCUUGAAUCUUGUUGAUAGAUUUCCUAAUGGCCAGCGUGCUACUUAUAGAGAUGCUUACUUUAUCACUGUAUUCGAGUUUAACAAAACCAAAGAGGUAGAUUUGAAUUCAUACUUGGUUUGUACUCGGCCAAUUUGUGGAGAACAAUUUGUCACCACCGACACAUACUUAUGUGGAGGUGAAGGAACAUGUCUUUUUGAUACAACAACAAAUACCUCUGUUUCCUGUGCUUGUCCGACAGAUAUUGACCACUUUUUAACCCAUGUGGGAGAGUUUUGUCAAGACAACAACUUUUAUGCCUUCAUAAUCCCAAUUAUUGCUGUAGUGGCAGUGUUGUCUCUCCUUCUUGGUAUUUCUCUAACAUUUUGUAUUAUCAAAUCGACAUUUACAGUCAGUAGAAAACUUUCUCUGCUCAAAACAAAAGAACAAAAAGAAAUAGAAUUGCAAAAACGAUUACUCGAUUUUCAAUUUAUCCAUUCUGAUGCUGUAACCUUUAAGGAUGUGAGUUAUAUCAUUCACAUGGAGGACUUAAAAUUCCUCACAAGAGUUGCCGAAGGAGGUGGAGGCGUGGUAUUCAAAGGUGAAUGGAGAGGCGUUGAAGUAGCCAUUAAGAAAGUUAAAUAUAGUAGUGACGAUACUUCUUUUGAGAAGGAGGCAAGUUUGUUAAGUCGAAUUCGUCAUCCAAAUAUCGUUGCAUUUUUUGGUGUGAGUGUGACUGAGAGAGAAAAGUUCUUAGUUACUGAAUGGAUGCCAAGUGGCUCCCUAGACAAUUUAAUUUCCAAUGCAGCAAAAGGAAAAAUUAUUUUGAAGUUCAAACAAAAAAUUGCCAUACUUCUUGACAUUUGUAAGGGAAUGUGCUAUUUACAUGCUUCCUCAAUUAUUCACAGAGAUUUGAAACCUGCCAACGUCUUAAUUGGAUCCAAUGGAGAAUGUAAAGUUUGUGAUUUUGGUCUUUCUACAUAUCUCAUGCAUGGGGAUGAUGACAACAUGGGAAAUGUUGGUACACUGUUGUGGUCGAGUCCAGAAGUUUUACAAGGCCUACCCUGCGAUGAAAAGGUUGACAUUUAUAGUUUUGCUAUCAUCAUGUAUGAAGUAUUAUUUGAAACUGUGCCCUACACAAUUUCUGAGAAAGUUGAUCCAAGUUAUUUUGUUUCCGAGACUGACAUGGUUGACGGCCAUAGCACAGUCACUCCUUCCACUCAACAGGAUUUAACUCUCUUCAGUACCCUGCUCAAUCAUAAAAAUGCUGCAGAGCUGGGACGCUAUAUCGUUCAUGGAGUAAGACCACUCGUUCCUUUUAAUACCAGAGAACAGUGUAAAAGAUGGAUCAAUAUUUACCAUAAUCCAGAAAAGGAAGAUAUCAAAUUGGAAACCUUGUCAUCCGUAGUAUUUCUAUUUGUUCUCCUCAUGAAGAAAUGCUGGUCAGAACCUGAGGCAAGACCAAACUUUGACUACAUUUUGAACACAUUGACGACCAUCAAAAAGACCAUUAAAAGUGAUUAA